UCGAGAUUCCGGGCCGCCGACACGCGUGCGAGGUGUGAUCGUCGCGGAGGAGCAGGAUACGCGUUCGAGAAAACCACCCACCUGCAGGAACGCCGAGAAGAAAACACAUACAGGAAGAAACGGAGAACGUUAGGAUGAGAAACGGUCGGAUGUCUGGGGCUCGUCAGAGUUGGACGUCCGUCAGGACGCCUCGAGACGCCCGCAGGGCCUUCUCUUGAAACCUGUCGCGACAUAGAAGAACCGGUGAGGGUUAAGCUCGUCGCCACCAUCCGCGCGUUACGUGGCACCGGGUGCGAAUGUAAACUAUCGGAGGAUAGUUUCGUGCCGUGGACACUCUUCGGUGGUCUCUCGUGGACGGUGAACACCGCGAAAUCGUUGGGACUCGGCGAUCAGGGGUUCGCUGGCAGUGUGAUUCGACGGCGGAACGUUUCUUGUUCGAGGGUUCCACUUCGUCGUUCGGUUGUUGCGUUUUCCUUGGAGGAUUUCUUGAGAGUGCGACGGGAAAAGUGGUGGUGGGGGGUUCGUUGAGGAAUCGCUAGUUCGCCAAGGAUAUCGGGAACCAUGUUGGAAUUCUACCCUCCGCUGCCGGGUACCCUGGGCCGCCAGGGUGAAACGGGUCCGCCGAGGAUGGGCUCCUCCGCGCCGCAGAUCACGUUUCGUCCUGCCAACGACAACAAUAACGCUGAGCCGUCGGUCUCGGUGAAGACCGAGUCUGGCCUCCUGGAGACGAUCUGCGCCGGCUGCGGUCGCACGAUAGCUGACAAGUACGUGAUGCAGGUCGCUGGCAGGAACUACCACGAGGAGUGUCUGUCCUGUGCUGCCUGCGCGACGCCCCUCACCCACUCGUGCUUCAUCCGCGAGCUGAAACUCUACUGUCGUACGGAUUACGAGAGGAUCUUCGGCGUGAAGUGCGCGAGGUGCAUGGAGAAGAUCAGCUGCUCGGACUUCGUGCUACGGGCCCCUGGUCUGGUCUUCCACGUCGAGUGUUUCGCGUGUUGCAUGUGCGGGCAACCGUUGCCGCCCGGCGCCCAGUACUUCCUCAGGCAGGGACAACCGAUCUGCAGACGGGACUACGAGCACGAACUGUACCUCAACAGUCCCCAAGAUGACGAUCUGCUGGACGAAAAUCGGCCCAGAGACGGUCGUCGGGGCCCGAAACGACCGCGAACGAUCCUCACGUCCGCCCAGAGGCGUCAGUUCAAAGCCUCGUUCGAGAUCUCCCCGAAACCGUGCAGGAAGGUGCGCGAAGCCCUGGCGAAGGACACGGGCCUCAGCGUGCGGGUGGUCCAAGUCUGGUUCCAGAAUCAACGGGCGAAGAUGAAGAAGCUACAGAGGAAGGCGAAGACGGAGCCUGGAUCCGACAAGGAGCCUAAGGAGGAACGACGGACGGAGAGCCCUCACAGCGAUCACAGUCAUUACUUGAACGCCAUGAACAUGCGCGACGGGGAAUCUUCUAGCUUCCCCUCAGCCACCCAACCGCUCAACCCCAAUAACCCGUACUCGCCCGACGACGCAUACCCUGGCCACUCGGGCGAGAGCUUCUGCAGCAGCGAUCUGUCAUUGGACGGCACGGAGGCUGGCUUCGACAUAGGCGAGAACGAAAGCGGCGGCGGACAAGACGGUGGUCAUCAGGGUGGCUCUCACUCUCACCACGGGCCAACGUCGCACGAGGCACCCUCGUUGUCGCAGAGUUUGCACGCGGCGAUUCACAACCCCAUCGACAAACUGUUCAUGAUGCAGAGUAGUUACUUCAGUGGUGACCACGCGUAAUCCGAAACCGGUUCUCCCAUCGGUGUUGCAAUUGGCUCCUUCAGAGGCGUAGCUGGUCCCUGCGUCAACCAAUCGUUUACCUGGAGAACGCCGCAGUAAAUUCAUCGGCUAUUUUUCUAGUUUCGUUUCGAUUCUGUCCUGGGAAACCCGAUCGGCGUCCUUUAUUACAGUCUCAACUUUCGUCUGAAGUGAUAUCGUAUUUCUUAUAAUACUUUAGUUUGUUAUUCACGGAUGAAUAUUACGCGUGUUUAUACACUUGCUGUUAAUUUAACAAAGUCACACUGGAGUUUAUCGUAAGUCGGAGAACGACCGUGGUCGAGAUUUGUGAAUUUGUAGAAAGUUAUCGAUCGAUUCUUUAUUGUAAUUACGUCUAUUUAUCGCGAGUUUAGCAGAGUGUAUCUAUCGAGCGUAUUUACUUCGGUGGAAGUAUCUUCAGCAUCGUUUUUCAGUCGAAUACCGUUUCUAUUAUUUUAUAAUUAUUCUUUGGUGUUAUCGCAACACGUUUGUUCUGUGAUUUAUUUGAUAUUCUAGCGCACUGUACUGGAUGAUUUCGUUAUUUCAAAUCAGCUGUUAUUUAUUUACGUUUAUCUAAAGCUGCGAGGAAUGAGAGCACCGAACUAACGCGAACAAUUUAAAUAACGAGAUUGUAAAUGUAAUUAAAUCGUCGUUUUGUAUAAUUCCAUUGAUUUAGCGUGAAUGUUCUUUAAAGAUAACUUUUAAAAGUAAGAUCGAAGCGUACGUAAUAGCUUAUUUGAGACGAGAGAAUCGUUGAAUUAUUUAUUUAUUAUAAUUUCUAGAUGUACCAAAAUUGCGCGUGGACAUUGAAGACAUUGGUAAAAGAGUAUCGCGGUUCGAUUUAAUGUUAGACGAUGUAUCCUUCGGUUUACACGUAUGAAAACAAAAAAAAAAAAAGCAUAUAUUUAAACACCGACGCACCUUAUUUUUGUCUUGAAAGAUUGUUGUUGACAGCGAAUCGGCUCGAUCGGUUGAAAAAUCGAAGAUUCUUGCAAUGUUUACGGUACUAACUUCGUCGACCCUCUCUAAAUUAAAAAAAAAACGAAACGAAUCACGAAUAAAUGUUCAAAUUUACAAAAACCAAUUGGGCGAAAGUUAAGUCUGGAAUGUACCGAUUACACUCUGGAGAACUAUUUUCAGGGUCGACGUUGAACAAGCACACUGAUAGCGUUGCGGACCGAUUUACAAGAGAAAUAAUAGCCCAGCUAAGUCUGACGAAACAUUUACUAGGAAUCGUACGAAUUAGUGAAAAUUACAAUACAUUAUAUAAAAAAGAAAGUACCAAGUAGAAUCGUUACUUUACCUCACUGUUCCUCUCUGUGACCAACUCUGUUCCAUACGGCGAAAUUAAACACCAGAGACGCGAACAUCCCUCCAGUGGAAAAUGCUCGAGGAGAGAUUUUCGUUUCAUCCAGGGUAAAUAAGACGGUGCGGGUAAGAAUAGAGUGUUUAUUAUAUCAGACAUAUAACGACGAAAAAGAAAGAACUGAAAUUUAAAACGUGCACACAAAAUGCAGAUCUCUUAAGAAAAAAGAAACCCUUUAGAAACGUACAAAAUCUCGACGAUUGUUUUCUGAAUAAAUCGGUACAGCUGGAAAUAAGGGAUGCCGCGAACGCGUACCUGGUUUCACCGAUGUCCUCUCGAUUAUCGUAAGUACGACCCUCGAUUUGGAUGUUUCCUUCGUUUUCGCUGUUCUUUCUUUCUUUAACGUGUAAAAUUCCAGGAGAACGAUACGAGUCGGUAAGCGUCGCGACGAACGAAAGAUUGCGGCAGAAUGAUUGUGCGAUCGUCGUGGAUCCAUUAAAGACGCGUAAACGAAUCGAUUUUUGCCAGAGACAGGCAAGAGAAAUUGAUUCUGUUUCUCUAUAUUCAAUCAAUAGUGUAACUCUAAUUCAAACACAUACUCGCCAUUUUGAUACGUUAACGUACCAACCUUGUUAAAGCACGUGGAAGAUUGGUAAUUUAACAUAUAGUGACAAAAUGAUCAUUUCUGCUCGAACCGAAGUUGCAAGUGAUUAAAUAUAAAGGCAAGGAAUGUAAUUUCUAUCGAUUUAACAAUUCAAUUUUCUUUUUAUCUGAUUAGAAAUUUUGCCCGUCCCUGAUUCUCGCUCAACAGAGCGUCGUGACGCGAACGAACGUGCAAUUCGAUGCAAAAUCGCAAUUAUUAGCGACGAUACAAAUACAAAGUAGCGAUAAUUCGUCAUGACGGUGUCGUUUGAACUGUGUUUGGUUUACCCUGCUUCGCUUGCAGCAGCUGGAAUUGUCGCGCAAGCUUCUCGAGUAGAAAAUAUGGCGUUAGAAUGCUCUACGUGUAUCGGUUGGGCAUCUGUCGACCCAUAGCAUUUCAUCGUCCUUGUUAUUGCUUUUAUCCGUCAUAGUGUACGACUGCAGCAAGGUUCCGACGUUGAGAGGAGAUAUCGAUGAGAACUCUUCCUUAGAGCGAAGACAAUAAAAAUUAAUUCAUUUAGUUUCACUCCUGGGGAACACAUUUUGGUCGUUUUUAAUUCUUGAAGAACGCAGGUGUCGAGUUUUGUCUCGUUCGAUCCUUCUUCAUAGGUAACGAAGGUAUAAAUAAUUAAUUUUAUAUCAAUCUUUUUAGUGGCAACAAUGUUAACUUUUAUCUUCUUCAACCGUUAUUUCAGAGGUAACAAAAGUAUAAAUAAUUAGUUUCAUAUAAAUCUUUGAGUGGCAACAGUGUCAACUUCUCGUCUUCUUCAACCCUUCUUCAACCCUUCUUCAGAGUACACUGACCUCCGAAUAACUUCCUUCGAUUUUCUUUCCUUCCUUCCUGAAUGGUCCAAGAGUUAAUCACGACAUACGUAUCAGAUCAUCUUCGGCAACGCUGACUUAAACUCUCUCUCUCUCUCGUUUCUUCUAAAGCCAUUUUUCAACAUCAUCAAUAACGCUCUAUCGUAACAGCAAGUCAACAAGUAGGUGCCUACACCGAUAAUUCUAUUCUACAAAUAUCAAUGGCUGUUAAAUAUCCUUUGUCAACGCCUGAACCACGCUCACUGCGCGUAUAAGAUUGGAAGAAGAGUUCUUACAGAAACACAUUCGCGUUCUCAACCAGAUCAAAUUAAAUUUCAAUUCCCAUAAAUACUUUUAUCCCAACCCCGUAGGCGCGCAGUGUGCAUUGCACGCAAACGUAAGUACUCGUGUCACGACUGGCGAACAUCCUACCGGAAGUUGGAGAACAAUUAACGUCUGUAUACAUCUGUAACUCGUUCAACAAUUCAAUAGAAAUGCAUCGUUCAUUCCUGUAUAAAAUCUUCGAUCACAGGUAUCGUUUGUCGCGUGAUAUCGUCGACGAUUUGUCUUCUUUUUUUUUUUUUCUUCUUCUUUUCAUUUUCGAGAGCGAAUUGAGUUCGGUGCUGGGCGUCGUUCGAUUGGUCACUCGAUUUGGACUUUCGUAUCCUCGGGCCAAGCUUUGCGAGACGAGGUACUAAUCGCAAGGAUGAAGAUACAGAUCUGUACAAAACUUUUAUCGUAUUUUAAAUUAACGCAGUUCGAUAAUGUGCUGUCGAAUGAAAUGUUGUUUAUUAUCCGUCUAUGGUAUUCUAGUUUAGACAGAAUAAAUUCAUCUGCCGAGACGACUGAGAGAGACUAUCCCAAUACUCAGUUUGGCUUCUCCCACUACUUCAUCUCGUCUCGCGAAAAAGAAUGGUGAAUCCUUACUUAGAAGAUCUAAGACUAUGGAACGACUACCUCGCCAAGGGAAUUGCUUAUACAAUAAGGCCUAUUUCGUUAAUGAGUUAUCUAAGGUACUUUCAUUAUAUAGACUCCAGUGGAGCAAAGCCCACAGAGACUUUAAGUCGUGCGUGUUAGUUCUUAUUCUAGUACUUGUAGGCAGUGCAACUAAAUUGAGCUAGAGAUCAGUCAUGCAUAUAGGCGCCACGUUCAAAGUCGCCGUUUAACAUCGUCGGUAAUAUUUCUACCACAAAUGGCAAGAAACGUGGUUCCAACAAAGUUAGCCUCGAACUUUGGCAAGUUAUAGUCUUUGGCGAGACGUACAUUUACGAUACAUUUCAUCCUUGCAAUUAGUAAGUAUCGACACGUUUUCGUUCUUUCGCCUGACUAUCGUAAAAAGCAUCGAUCCUUUCGGCCUCUGUUCGGUAAUCGCCAUUUAUAUUCAGUGUACUUAAAAUAUUUAGCCAAACUUUAAAACGAUAGCUCAAUAAAUUUACAAAGCGAAGUUCACAACUUCGUAACAAAUCUAUAGAAUCUGUAGAAAUUUACAACAGAGCUCGCCAAUUUCUGACAUAUUUACGAAUUUAUGAUACAUUCAUGAACUUUAUAAAUUCGUAACGUACGUGUUAACUAGUGAAUGGCGCAUACGCGA